CUUAUUUUUAGGCUAUAACAAUAAAUGCAUGAUUGAAUAGGUGUGGAUAUGGUAAACAACUCGAUAACAGAAGAGUAGAAAUAUGAUAAAGUUCACAUUCAGUUAGAUGCUCCUCCUGCAGCAUGUUAGCACAGCCCAUCAGCUGUUAGCUUUCAGUCGCGUCAAUGCUACGGAAGUGGCAUUUUCGUGGACCAAACGUGGAGCUGGAAGCAAUAUCACUACUAAAACCAACAAUGCUGACGUGAAAUAAAAGACUGUAAGGAAGCUAUGCGUUAUCUCAACUACAAGUUUGUACCAUGAACACUUGUUGUUCAGUGUCUCUGAAGCUGCCAGAUGAGACAUGGAUUUCCUCACCCUGUUUGCUGUCUACGUCGUGGUGGUGCUGACAUGUAUAUUCCUAGUCUGCAAGUACUCAGGUCAACAACAAACUCCUUUGAAUACCCUCUUCAACACUAUAAUAAAGGUUCUUGCACCAUUUACGCCAACAUGGCUCCAGAAGAUUACACGGUGGAGCUUGCACAAGUUUUUUCAUCAAAGGAACAAUUUGUUCAUCUAUGUGCAUAUCCUGCUGGAGGGAGCUGUGUAUGCAGAGUUCACCUACGAGGUGUUUGGAUUCUGCAGGGAGAUGGACACCACCCUGACCAGCCUGUCUGUGCCUUACAUCCUGCUAGCCUUCAAGACCUUCUUCUUCUACCUCUGCAUUAAGAGAGAUCCAGGCACGGUGACAAAAAAGAAACUCUCUGGCCAGCUGAGUAUCUAUCCGUAUGACAGGAGGCUGUUUCAUCCGGGAGUCUCGUGUCCAACCUGCCAACUCGUCAAACCGGCUCGCUCUAAACACUGCAGGCUCUGCGACAGGUGUGUGCAACGUUUUGACCACCACUGUGUCUGGGUGAACAACUGCAUCGGUGCUCAGAACACACGAUACUUCUUGCUUUACCUCUUCAGUGUGUGCGCCAUGGCGGGCGACAUCGCCCUGCUUACAGCAGACAUGCUGCUUCAUGCUGUUAUACGGUCAGGACUUCUGGCAUCCAGUUAUAUCGAUGAGUUUGGUCAGAAGCAGCCAGCAGGGUUUAUGUUUGUUGUACAGCAUUUGUUCCUGACCUUCCCACGAAUCGUCUUCAUGCUUGGAUUUUUGGUGUUUGUCUUCUUACUCCUGGCGGGUUAUGCUCUGUUCCAUUCUUACCUUGCUCUUGUAAACCAGACCGCAAAUGAGUGGUACAAAAGUCGAGGCUACGUUUGCCAGCACUGUCACCCAACUACAGCAGCAGACGUUCUCUGUAACCCGGCUUCAGACCACUCUAAAAGAUACUACUACAGCAGGGGGAUACGCCGAAACCUGGGAGAGAUUUUCUACCCCCUUCAACCGGCUCGGAAGAAAGAUAACUAAGACAAAAAUACUGCCUUCUAUGUUAUACCGCAUUUACAACUGUCCUGUACCUUCCCCCCAUUGGGGUUAAUGUCCCUGAAACUGCUGCAGACUGAAAUAAAGUUCAAGUUUACCUUUUCUUAAAA